ACGAUAACUCUAGGUGCAAGAACGGGCGUAUAAGUAUUAUAGCCGAUAUGUGACUGAAUAAUAUCUAAAUGCAUUCUCUUCGGUCUCUAAGAAGAAUAAUCAACAUUUUUCAUCACAUCAACCCGAUACCCAAGUCCCUCAUGGCAUCGUCAUCUGAAUGUUCAGCCGGAAUCAUAGUUAUUGGAGAUGAAAUACUGAAAGGACAGACUUUGGACACCAACUCUCAUUUUAUCUGCAAACAUCUGUUUUCCUGGGGAGUAAAGGUCAAACGUGUAUCUGUCGUAGGAGAUGACCUUCAAACAAUAGCACAAGAAAUAUCCAAUUUCUCUCAGAGGUUUACCCAUGUGAUCACAACAGGGGGUAUAGGACCGACACAUGACGAUGUCACAUUUGAGGGAGUGGCACAGGCAUUUGAAGACAAGCUUUCCCCCAAUCCUGAUAUCGUCCAACUGUGCAAGGAAUACUUCGGCACAGAUGACAUGUCAUCUCCAAAGAUGAAAUUAGCUAUGGUACCAAGUACUGCCAGGUUGGUGUAUGGUGUCAGCAAAAAAACUGGGGAGAAGAGUAAGUUUCCAUUGGUGGUGAUCAGGAACGUUUGUGUGUUCCCUGGAGUCCCAUCGAUACUGGAGCGGUCCUUCGUCACUAUGGAGGACCUGUUUAAGAACCCAGCUGGAGAAUGUCACAUGGAUGAGAUCUAUGUAAAGAGAGAUGAGGUAUCCAUCACUGCAGUGCUGAACGAGUUUGAUGAAAAAUACAGAAGGGAGAUAACUCUGGGGUCUUACCCUGAUUUCACAAACAGUUUUUACAAAGUUAAGCUGACAUUGGAAUCAAAGAAUGCUGACACUCUCAAUCAAGCCAAGCAAAGUCUUGUAGAUAAACUUCCAGAAGGAUCGGUGGUGAAUUUCGACAAGGACCCUGUAGCCAAUGCAGCUGACAGGGUGUUUAGUAUCCUCCAGUCCCAGACUGUGGGCAAACCAUUCCAGGAUAAACUUCAACAUUCCAUUGACAUAAUAGAACAAAGUCUAGAAAAAUAUAGAUUAGAAGAAACGUGUAUUGGAUUUAAUGGGGGAAAAGAUUGCACAGCCAUAUUACAUUUAUUUCAUGCAGUUAUCAAAAGGAAGUAUCCAGAUUAUGGUGACAAAUUAAAAGCACUAUAUAUUAGAAGUAAGCUACCUUUCCCGGAAGUGGAGCAGUUUAUACAAUUAUCCAGGGACAGAUACAACUUAGACAUGCUGAGUUUCAAUGGUAGGAUUCGAGACUGCCUGGGAGAUCUUCAUACCCAACAUCCUAACAUCAAGGCUGUUGUAAUGGGAACCAGAAAUACAGAUCCUUAUUCUAGUCACCUGGAGGGAUUUUCAAUGACUGAUCCUGAUUGGCCACAGCUGAUGCGAGUUAACCCAAUGUUAGACUGGUCCUACUCAGAUGUCUGGUUCUUUUUACGGUCACUCUAUAUCCCGUAUUCCAGUCUGUAUGACAGAGGGUACACUUCUCUGGGCAGCAUGAACAAUACCCAUCCGAACCCUGUACUACAGUAUAUAGACGACAGGGGCGUGGUCUGUUACAGGCCCGCCUAUCAACUACAGGAUGGUUUGAAGGAGAGGGAUGGUCGCAAUACAUGAUGAAAAUAACUUUUACCUUUUACCUACCGUCGUCUUUCUUAAUCAGAAUUCACACCACCAUCAUAUUGUCAUGAUGUUCUCAUUGUUUUAUAUGACACUAAUUAUAUAUAUAAUUCAAGAAUUAAAUAACGGGUUAUGUAGAGUGCUUCUCUCUUUAAACAGAUGUUUAUACACUUCACAUGAUAUGACUGUAUAUUACAAAGCCUUGGAUUUGACAAAAUACCAUUAAAAUAAUUAUAAAUGUCAUAAUGGUUUGAAAUAAUGUUGGUUUUGUGUUGUAUUUAUUUGAAAAAAAAAAAUUAAAGAAAAUGCAAAAUCUAAAUCAAGGAAUUAAAAGUAAAAUGCUUUGAUCUUAUUGGUAUUGUUAUCAGUGCCUUGUAUCAUUAAAUGACUUCACUUAUAACUUUUGCAAAAAAUAGUCGAAUCAAAAUUCCUUUCUGGGAAACACAACUACAAAUCAUGAUUAGAAUGCAUACCAAGUUUCAAAAAAAAAAAAUAAAUAAAUAUCAGUCCAAAAUGUAGAUCUCCUAAAUAAACAAAGAGCAAUAACUUUCGUAUACAUAGUCGAAUCAAAAUUCCGCUCUGGGAAACACAAAGGCAUAUCAUUAUUAUAAUGCAUAUCAAGUUUCAAAGAGAUCAAUCAAUCAUGUAGGAGAGAUCUCCGGACAAGCAAAAGUUUAUGCUUCAUUUAUGCUGUAUGGAAAACUUAGAGAUUAACCAUUGUCCACUUCUAUUUAAAACAGAAUGAUCAAUUAUUGGGCAAGCCUUUUGUUUGGAAAAUCUGAAAAAAUAAUUCUUCGUUGAUGUGUAGUGAUUUGUAUUUUAAAUUCAUUAUUGGAAAUAUGAUUUGUCCUUGUGUAAAAUGUAUAAAACACAUGUUAGAAGAUUGGAAUUGGUUAUACAUGGUUUACAGUAAAAUAAUAUUGAUCCUGUAUGGGUAUUUAAUUAUGUAAAAAAUAAGGUGAAAGACCAGUUUAUGCAAAAAUGGAAAUCUGAUGUUGAAAACUCUUCAAAAGCUACAAGUUACCGAAUCUGUUAAGAAGAACUGUGUUUUGAAAAAUAACUUGAUGUUUUAGAUGUGAAAGUGAAAAAAUGUUGUGUAAAUUUAGAAUAUGUUAUCAUAAAUUACCAAUUGAAACUGGCAGGUGGGAAAAUAUAGAUAGAGCUGACAGGAUAUGUAAAUUAUGUAGAAAUAAUAAAACUGGUGAUGAAUUUCA